GCGAUCCCGGCCGGCAUGAUGUGCCUGGAAUGCGCUUCGGCGGCGGCGGGCGGCGCGGAGGAGGAGGAGGCGGACGCCGAGCGGCGGCGCCGGCGCCGGGGGGCGCAGCCAGGGGCUGGCGGUAGCGGGUGCUGCGGGGCCCGGGGCGCGGGGGGCGCUGGAGUCGUGUCCACCGACGAUGAGGUGCAGACGUUGUCCGGCAGCGUAAGGCGGGUCCCGUCCGGACCCCCCAACAUGUCCAGCACCCCUGGCUGCAACGCCGCUGCCAAGGGCCCCGGCGCGCCGCAACCCAAACCUGCCAGUCUGGGCCGAGGGCGAGGGGCAGCCGCAGCCAUCCUGAGCUUGGGCAACGUGCUCAACUACCUGGACAGGUACACCGUGGCAGGCGUUCUUCUGGACAUCCAGCAGCACUUUGGGGUCAAGGACCGCGGCGCUGGCUUGCUGCAAUCAGUGUUUAUCUGCAGCUUCAUGGUAGCUGCCCCCAUUUUCGGCUACUUGGGUGACCGCUUCAACAGGAAGGUGAUCCUCAGCUGCGGCAUCUUCUUCUGGUCGGCCAUCACGUUCUCCAGCUCCUUCAUUCCCCAGCAGUAUUUCUGGCUGUUGGUCCUGUCCCGAGGGCUGGUGGGCAUUGGUGAAGCCAGCUACUCCACCAUCGCACCCACCAUCAUCGGAGACCUUUUCACCAAGAACACGCGUACGCUCAUGCUGUCCGUCUUCUACUUCGCCAUUCCACUGGGCAGUGGCCUGGGAUACAUCACAGGCUCCAGUGUGAAGCAGGCAGCUGGAGACUGGCACUGGGCCCUGCGGGUGUCCCCUGUCCUGGGCAUGAUUACAGGAACUCUCAUUCUCAUCUUGGUCCCAGCUACAAAGAGAGGCCACGCAGAUCAGCUUGGAGGACAGCUCAAAGCACGGACCUCAUGGCUCCGUGACAUGAAGGCCCUGAUCCGAAACCGCAGCUACGUCUUUUCCUCCCUGGCCACAUCUGCCGUGUCCUUCGCCACAGGGGCCCUGGGCAUGUGGAUCCCCCUGUACCUGCAUCGCGCCCAAGUUGUUCAGAAGACCGCUGAGACAUGCAACAGCCCGCCCUGUGGGGCCAAAGACAGCCUCAUCUUUGGGGCCAUCACCUGCUUUACGGGCUUUCUGGGUGUGGUCACGGGCGCAGGAGCUACUCGCUGGUGCCGCCUGCGGACGCAGCGAGCUGACCCCCUGGUGUGUGCUGUGGGAAUGCUGGGCUCUGCCAUCUUUAUCUGCCUCAUCUUUGUGGCCGCCAAGAGCAGCAUUAUGGGUGCCUAUAUCUGCAUCUUUGUUGGGGAGACGCUGCUGUUUUCAAACUGGGCCAUCACUGCGGACAUCCUCAUGUAUGUGGUCAUUCCCACCCGACGGGCUACUGCUGUGGCCUUACAGAGCUUCACCUCCCACCUGCUGGGGGAUGCUGGAAGCCCCUACCUCAUCGGCUUUAUCUCAGACCUGAUCCGUCAGAGCACCAAGGAUUCACCACUCUGGGAGUUCCUGAGUCUGGGAUAUGCCCUCAUGCUCUGCCCCUUCGUUGUGGUCCUAGGUGGCAUGUUCUUCCUUGCCACCGCUCUCUUCUUCCUCAGUGACCGUGCCAAGGCUGAGCAGCAGGUGAACCAGCUGGUGAUGCCGCCUGCAUCCGUGAAAGUCUGAGGUGGUGCCACUGGGACAGUGAUGAACUUCAAUUUAGACUUGAAGGCAUCUUCCAGCAUCCUGGACCUGCAGGGAUGUCACAAAGCUUUCUGUGUGACUCACAGCUGGGUUAUCACCCUCUCUGGCCCAGAACUACUGAGUGGCCCUGGCUUCAAGACCCUAUGUCCUCAGUUAAUCUGGAGGGCUGUGUGUGCUGGAGCCACUCAGUUGGACAGAUGCCCAGCCCAAGGUUUGAGCUGCAAGUUCACUGGGGCCAAGAGAGAAGUCAGCCCCAAGUGGGUGUAUGGGAAGAGCCUGGCCUACCCCCAGCUCAUGUGAUCCUGCCCUCCCUAGAGUGUGGGGCCAGGAGGCCGGAACCUCCCACAUCACUUACUGAGCCAGGCAUUCUACACAGCUUUGAAGACACAACGAGCCCUGGGCCAUACACCGAAGAGCUAGCCCAGGUCUCAGGACCCCAGUUCCGGUUCUGAAGUUCCCCCUUCCACCAGGCUCUGAACUUGGGACACUCAAUUCAAUUAUGGCACAUGGAAUAGGGUGCCCAUUGCUGAGCACUUCCUGCCUGGUCACUCUGGAGAAUACUUGCCUGCUGCCUUGGGCUAACUCGUUGCUGGCUUCCCAGGUGGGGACCACCCCCUUGUAGAACUGCAGCACCAGGGGUGAAGGCCCUGGUAGCAGCAACAUGCCACCUAUACCAAGGCUUAGAUCUUUGGGAGUUGUCCCAUUCCCCACAGGGCUCCUGGAGAACCUUCUAACUUCCCAGAGAACAGGAAACACUCCCUCCUCCAAGAUGGCCUGAACCCUUUCUAGCAGAGCCUAGGGGAAGCAGACAGGGCUCAGUCUACCCACCUGACCCUUUGAGGGCCAAGCCUUCACCUCUGGCCUUUGAUCAUCUUCCCCCAGCCCCACUACGAUGCUUAUCCUAAGCUCCACUCUCCCUGCCCACGUUGCAACCAAGACUGUGCUGUCCCUUGGGUACUGCUAUGGCCCACAGGACCAAGGACCAUCUUGGACUGUGCUCCCUGUGGCCACCCCUUCGUUACUGGCUGUGGCUUCAAUGGUGUUAGCUAGUGGAAUACCUACCCCUCCAAACACUGGGGCACCCCUGUGGUCAGGCAUGGGCGGGGCAAGGGUACUAUUCCCACCCUCAGAAGACCACCCAGGCCCUGCCCCACCCCAGCAUCAGCAGGGGCCUCAGCAAUGUUUUCUUGUUGUACAAGAACCAGGUCCGAGUGUUGCCUCCUCUUCCUUCCGGAAGCUGAACCGCUCCUUUAUUUUUUAGAGCUGCUGAUUGUGAAUCUCAGAGUCUUAAGAGAGAAGCCAAAUAUAUUCCUCUUGUAAAUGAAGAAAUAAACCUAUUUAAAUCAUG